CAACAAACAUAACGAUAAAACUAACCUAAAAACGAAUGUCAAAAUUAAAUGACUGCAUAAAAUCGGCAAAGAUAAAAUGUAUCAGUCAUUAUUGAAAGAUUCAAAAUUGCAAUUCGGAGCAUUAACUUUUUUUGCGAAGGAACACAAAGGCGACUCGUGCGGCAGCAACGGUUUACCACUGACACCCAAUUCUAUAAUAAUAUACGGAAACGCCCAAAUUUUAAAAACGUUAAACCAUCCGUUUCUAUGUCAAUAUUUAGAUAUAAUCCGCGGAAAACACGAGAGAACGAUUGUUGUGUCACAAUUCUGUGGCAAAUCUUUAUCCACAUAUAUUGAAAGAGAAUUAUUUGAUUUAGAUGAUAUAAUAAAAAUUGCUUAUCAAGUUAUUGAGGGUGUGAAUGAACUGCACAAGAAUAAUAUCAUCCACAGGAAUCUGAGCAAUGAAAAUAUCCUUCUUCAGGACAACAACGACAUAAAACUGUUUAACUAUGGACUUUAUCAUAUGACUGGAGAAAAUAAGCUUGUCUCUUUUCCUAUUUUACAGGUUCUUUAUACAGCACCAGAAGUUUAUUUACAACAGCCAAAUGAAUGUUUGCAUGAUCCAAAAGUGGAUGUUUGGUCCAUAGGUAUAGUUUUAGCAGAACUACUACUGAACAAACUUCUAUGGAACAACUUAAAGUUGGGUCAAAGAAUCAGGAAGGUUUUGAGUCUAUUACAAUGUAAUAAUUUGGUGUUUGAAAGAAUUGCUAGGGAGCACAACUGUUAUGAAAAAUAUUUAGCUCUUCCAGAGGACAUAAAGGAACUAGUAAACAUGUGCCUGAACAUCUACUCAAAAGACAGACCAACUUGUGAAGACCUCCUAAACAAAACUAUUUUCAAACCGUUUAAAGAGUCAUCAAAUUCACCCCACAGUAAAGUCUGUGAACCAUUUGAGGUGUUUACAAUUAAAGAGUUCUACCAUUGGUGGCAACUUGCUGGAGGUGAUGUUCUUCAAGAAUUAAAAAAACAGGGUUUAAUCAGAUCUAGCCCACCAAUUCUCUCUCUACCAAAUGUGGUUUUGAUAGAGGGAAAUGUAUUGGGCCAAAAAAGAAACCCGGCAACAUUAUUUGAUCCAAGAGUUAUCACCAUGCCUUUGGGGGCAUUAUAUCAAAGAUUCAUGCACAUUCCAUUAAGUGCUUAUUAUCCUUUGAUUCUAACGAAAUCUGAGGUCAUUUUGAAAGCUGAACCUCCACCAUAUGAUGCCACAGGUUUACCCUUGAUCAUCAAGGAACGUGACCCUGAGUAUCAGUUCCACAGAAUUGUACUUUUUAGGCGACUGCUAUAUGGAUAUCCCUAUUGCAAAGACAGGAUUUUGAAGGAAGCAGAAAUUGAUAUUCCUCCUUUGUUAAGGGGGGAGAUUUGGUUUGCACUUUUGAAUGUUAAGGGUGAUUAUGAAAGGGAAUACAUGAGGAUUGAUAAGGAAACCCCUACUUCAACAGAUCGGCAGAUUGAAGUUGAUAUUCCCAGAUGUCAUCAAUACAAUGAACUAUUAUCCUCAUCAGAAGGCCACAGAAAACUGAAAAGAAUUUUAAAAGCUUGGGUUUAUAAAAACUCUCAGUACGUUUAUUGGCAAGGAUUGGACUCCUUAACUGCUCCAUUUUUAUAUUUGAACUUUAACAAUGAAGCUAAAGCAUUUGCUUGUCUUUCGGCUUUUGUGCCCAAAUAUCUGCACCAGUUCUUCCUCAAGGAUAACUCGGCAGUAAUUCAGGAAUAUUUAGCGAAAUUUUCUCAGUUAAUCGCCUUUCACGACCCCCAACUCGCCAACCAUUUAAAUGAAAUCAACUUUUACCCUGAAUUGUUCGCCAUUCCCUGGUUUCUAACCGUAUUUUCCCAUGUUUUUCCGUUGUACAAAAUCUUACAUUUGUGGGACAAACUUUUACUGGGUGAUUCAUCGUAUCCUCUUCACAUCGGUUUGUCGGUUUUGACACAACUAAGAGACAGGUUAUUAACAUCCGGAUUUAACGAGUGCAUUUUACUGUUCUCCGAUUUGCCCGAAGUCGACAUCGAAAAAUGCGUUGUCCUUUCUAGCCAGACUUUCGAAAACACGCCUAAAAGUAUCACCCACCGUGAACACGAAAAUCCCCAAUUUCACCAAAAGGACGAAUUUGAUAUAUCCGGGGUUACCUUGCAGGAGCUACAGAAGGAAAAGUUCCCUAGAAUAAGCACUAAUGAUGUUGUGAAACUGGUCAGAAACAAACCUGAGAAAUUGUUGAUUGUUGACAUAAGAAAUCCCCCACAGUUUCAGAGGUCUUGCGUAAAAAGAAGCAUAAACGUUCCGUUUUCGAGUGUUCCUUUUGGAGAAUCAAAAAUUGAAAGUUUGGGUCCCAACGGAUCCAUUAUUAAAAACAGUAAAGAAAAAAUUAUCGUUAUAGUAGGUAACGAAGAAACCGACGUGGAAUUGUUGCCCAAAUUUCUUCUCAAAUGCAAAAUAAGCAAAGUGUGUGUUUUACAUGGAGGAUUUGGUGUAAUUUCGAAAGUCUCGCCUUCAGUUCUGACUCAAGGACAUUAAUUAAAUAGAUUUUUAUAGAGAAUAUUGUAUGAAUAUUUUAUACAAUCACAAUUCUUAUGUAAUUUGUUGAUCAGCACUUAAAAAAAUGUUGUAAAUGAUCAAUUUAUAUGAAAUUUGUAUUUCUAAGUGUUUCUGAAAAUAUAUUUAUAUUAUUAUUA